CGCUAAUGAUCUGCUCGCAAGCCUGAAGACAAUACAGCGCUCAGGUGGAACUCGCCGAGAGCAAUCAGUGCUGGUUCUUUACAAGCCCCUGGGCUGAUAAUUCUGCAACUUUCCCACCUUCCAACCCCCAAACAGUCUGCCAUUCAAGAGAAGUAAAAGGACAGGGAACUCAGGCUGCGAGGACAACAAGGAGGAGUCGAUUUUCCGGCUAGCCUGUCCGGUCCUGAGGCCCCAAAGCUGGGCACUGCAGAGCAUGGCUCGCCCGCUGAAACGUGAGUGAUCUGGGGACGCGCGGUGCAGUCAGGUGCGCAGUCAGCAGCCACCCGCAUCGCGACCCACGUGGCAACAGGUGCAGCGCGGUCCAGGACCUACGCCCGGGGCUUCCGGCAAGAAGACGUUUAACCUGGGAGCCGGACCUGGCGGGCGACCGUAGUGGAGCUCAGUGGGAGUCUUCGUGACCCAAGGAACUCCCGCAAGUUUCACAGGGAACAACAAAUCAUUUAACUUCAAUGCAUCCAAGACUGUCAUCCUGGAACUGGGCUGGAAAGUGAUAGGGAAGGAUCUAGACCAUUUAUUCACUCACUCUCAGAUUUAAAAGGAUGCAAAGAGAAUAUAAAAUGGCAGAAGUUUAAAGUUAAUAUUCAGGAUGAAUGAUGAUAGGUCAGAUAAGACAGAAGAUGGAUUGCAUUAUAUGUUUAUCAGUGAUAAAAACAGGAAUACAUCUGAGUACAACACAAGGUCACCAUCCACACAGUCCCCUUCAACAGGUCAUGGGGAUUGGACCACUGCUAACCCGGAUGACAUGGUGGUGGACUAUGUAAUGGAUCCUACUGUGGAGAGCAAUGGAAGUGUUUCUUUAAGCCAUCAGCGUGUUGAGACUUCAAGUGAUUUCAUUAGUGAGCCGGGGUUUGAAAUGCGUAGUCAGUCUUCUACACUCAGUACAGCGAAGCCCCCAAACCUGCACAGCAGUUUGGAUUCCCUACAGGCACACCUGGAUGAGAGAUCUGAGCCCUCUCCACCCUGCAUGCACAAGUCUGAUGAUGAUUUCAAUUGUGUAGACUCCUCUGCAGCUUUGGAGCUAAAACAGACAUCGGACAUGAAAGUGGACUCAAUUAACUGUAACUUUAUAGCACACCAAUCUAUUGACCAGGGUCAGCCUUUACAUCCUCCUGGAGGUCUGCAGCCAACGGGUGUGAGAGGUGGAAAUACAUUGUCCUGCUCCACAUGGACAUCACCCUAUUCCACCAAGACGUAUGUGAGAGGAAUUCAUUAUAAUAGAGACCGCUUUGAAAACCUUCAAUCCCCACCCUCAGAGGCUCUGAACACAACAUACACAGUAUGUUCUGAUGUGCCCAUGCAGACCGAUGGUGCAGACAUUGGAAUUCAGUGUCAGUAUUCUUUAGGAAAUGUCACCAAAGCAUACACUGAUGGGACAGAGCAAGGACUCGUUGGAGAGAGAGAGAUACAAACUGUGACACCAGUUUCUGGUGGCAUGGAGGUUCCCAAUGGGUCUGUAUUACAGGAGUUCUAUUGUGUAUCUGAAGAUGAACCAAACAAUGAGACACAUUCACAUGGCUCAUAUGGUCAACAGGAAAUGGGCCAAAAUCUAAGAGAAACACUGUCCCACUGUCGUGUUGAUGAUGAAUGCCCUUUACCCGUGCCAGCUUUUGAUGAAAGUAAAACCAGAGUCCUGGACUCUGGGUGUAAAGUCACUAUGACUGAAGACCCACACGUUGCCUCUCAUGACGACAACUCAGAAGUCCAAAACAGUCCUGGAGAGCUGACCCUGAGAGGUGUCCCAGGGCAGAGGUUUUCCUUGUAUGAAAUAGCUUGUGAUGGUAGAGCCGUUAGCACAAACAAUACAGCGCUCACGUCAACAUCAACACCAGUUCAGCAAACCCCCGAUAUAAGCCUUACCCUUUCACCUGUUGAGAAAACAGAGACGUGCAAUCAUGUGGAGAAUGGUCCAAGAGAUGCUAAAAAUGCACCAAACCUGAAAGGUGCACCAGUGAAUAUGUCAAAGCCUAAUCUGGGAAAAUCAGUUACCAAAACAAAUGCCCCCAUAGGCAGUAAAGUUAGGAAAACAGAAAUCAUAAGUUAUCCAAGACCAAACUUCAAGAACAUUAAAGCCAAAGUUAUAUCUAGAUCAGUGUUGCAACCCAAAGACCCUUCUCUACCAAAGGGCACGCCCAAACCUCCGAGUACUGGGGUCUCCUCAGCCCCACCAGUGCCUUCUAAACAGUUGACAGUUGCGAGCAAAACAGCAAGAUCUGACUUUAAUGCAGACAAAAAAGCGGAGCUCCUAAUUAGCAAGACAGACAAGCAACAGUUUAAUAAACUCAUUACCGGCCAGGCUGUGCAUGUUACAACUCAUUCUAAAAACGCUUCGCUCAGGCUUCCAAGAACAACAUCUGCCACGAAAUCGAAUCGGGAGGAUGUUGACAAGACAGGUUCCUCUCAUGCAGCGGGUGAGACUGGGUCUGUAGCUGCGUUUUUCCAGAAGAUCAAAGGCAUCCUCCCAGUUAAAAUGAAAAGUUCCGAGUGUUUGGAAGUAACGUAUGCUUCCCACAUCGAUCAGAUUAGCCCUGAAAAGGGUGAGAGGGUCAGUGGUUCUCCAAUGGAAAAGCAAGAGCUGGAAAAGCCAGACAUGAACGAGACAUUUGAAUGCAAGUCCCUGUUUGUGGGUUCUGCAUCCAAAACUGCCACCAUCCCAGGAAAGAACAUUUCCAAGCCAGACACCUGCAGCCUGAGAAAAACACCAGGUCUGAAGGCCAAAGUGGGGCCUGCUGUUUCCUGCCUGAGAAGGAAGAGUGACAGUAGAACCCUAGGCUCCGACAGGGCCGUAUCGCCUCAGAGGAUCAGGCGUGUGUCCAGCUCUGCUGGUAAUGCUGCUGUCAUCAAGUAUGAAGAGAAAGCUCCCAAACAAGCCUUCCAGAAUGGGUCAGGAGCCUUAUAUCUGAAGCCUUUGGUCCCCAGAGCUCACGCACACUUGCUCAAAACUCCUCCAAAAGGUCCUUCAAGAAAGAGUCUAUUUACAGCUUUUAAUUCAGUUGAAAAAGGCCGGCAGAAGACUCCUCGAAGCCUGUGCAUCCAGACCCAGACAGCUCCAGAUGUGCUAUCCUCCGAAAGAGCACUUGAGUUGGCUCAGUACAAGACAAAAUGUGAAAACCAAAGCGGAGUCAUCCUGCACCUCAAGCAGCUUCUUUCCUGUGGCAAUACCAAGUUUGAAGCACUAACAGUUGUGAUCCAGCACCUCCUGUCUGAGCGGGAGGACGCGCUGAGGCAACACAAAACCCUCUCUCAAGAACUUGUCAACCUCCGGGGAGAGCUAGUGGCUGCUUCAAGCACCUGCGAGAAGCUAGAAAAGGCUAGGAAUGACUUACAAACAGCGUAUGAAGGAUUCGUCCAGAAACUAAACCAGCAACACCAGACAGACCGGACAGAACUGGAGAACCGGCUGAAGGAAUUCUACAUGGUGGAGUAUGAGAAGCUUCGAGACAUCUACAGCGAGGAGGCAGAAAAGUAUAAAACCCAACUGCAAGAGCAGUUUGACAACUUAAACACUGCCCAUGAAACCACCAAGCUGGAAAUCGAAGCUAGCCACUCAGAGAAAGUAGAAUUGCUGAAGAAAACCUACGAAACCUCCCUUUCAGAAAUCAAGAAAAGCCAUGAAAUGGAAAAGAAGUCACUUGAGAAUCUACUUAACGAGAAGCAGGAAUCACUAGAGAAACAAAUCAAUGAUCUGAAGAGUGAAAAUGAUGCUUUAAACGAAAAGCUGAAAUCAGAGGAACAAAAGCGAAUAUCAAGAGAGAAGGCGAAUUCGAAAAACCCUCAGGUCAUGUAUCUGGAGCAAGAGCUAGAAAGCCUGAAAGCCGUGUUAGAGAUCAAGAAUGAGAAGCUGCAUCAGCAGGACAUGAAGCUGAUGAAGAUGGAGAGGCUGGUGGACAACAACACAGCAUUGGUUGACAAACUGAAGCGAUUCCAGCAGGAAAACGAGGAAUUAAAAGCGCGAAUGGACAAACACAUGGCGAUUUCGAGGCAACUUUCCACCGAGCAGGCAGCGCUGCAGGAGUCCCUGGAGAAGGAGUCAAAGGUCAACAAGAGGCUGUCCAUGGAGAACGAGGAGCUGCUGUGGAAGCUGCACAACGGGGACCUUUGCAGCCCCAAGAGAUCCCCCACGUCCUCGGCCAUCCCUUUCCAGUCCCCCAGGAACUCCGGUUCCUUCUCCAGCCCCAGCAUCUCACCCAGAUGACACUUUCCGGAAGAGGAGGGAGAGUCUCCGCAGGCACCGAGGUGUGGUUCUGCAGGACUGGCCACCUCGUGGGAACAAGAGCUGAAUUAGCUUUCUGGAAUUUCCACAGGAUAACUGGAAAGCAGCCACCACCGUAUCGGCUGCCUACGAGUCAGGAGCUCCGGAGGAAGGCUUUUGACUUGGUCCAGAAGCCUCCUCCAAAAAACAGAUUUCGGAUAUGGACGUAGUUGCACAGAGCACUUAAGGAACGAGGGAACCUUGUUCUUUUGCCUUCCUUCACCUAACCAUAAGAGGAAACUCUCAGGGCCCUAUUAAGAUAAAGAUUUAUAACCUUUCUAAUAUUCUUCACCAGAGACACCUUCUUGUGAUUUUUUUUUUUAUUUCAGUCUGACUGAGGGCAGGGGUGUGUGUGAAUGAAAUGGGUGCAUUAGUGUGUCAUGUGACUGUCACAGCCCUCUCUGCUGUGUAUUAAAAGUCAACAGCUGAAUAUAGCUGGUUCUGUAUUAAUCAAGUUAUAAUCAGUAUGCUCGCGUCAACAAACGCCAUAGAAGAGAAAGCAAUAGUUGCUUGAAUUUCUACCGACUCCUCUUGGCACUGUGCGACAUGGCAGGGCUAGGGUAUGACAGGAAAACCCUUUUGAUUUGUUGGUGUCUGCACAUUUCUCUGUUAGCUUUUCAGUGUUCAGUUUUGUCAGUUGAUAACGUUUGAUUUUUUUUUCCUUUUCCUGUAGACUUUUAUGAGCCUAAUAAAUAUACUCCGAUCCACUUU